AUGCUUGCUGCUGCGGUAUCGUUGUUGAUUCAGCGCGCCAACUCUAAGAGACUGGACUGGACCUUGGACCGGAGGUCACAGGAGGCAAGGUACCUGACGCAGAAGCAAAACAUUCUGGCUCCCUUUAUUCAAAAGCCAGAUACGAAGGCCUCCCGGUCCGGCAGAUACAUAUUGAGCUGCUCGUCCCCCACAUCCUGCCACAACCUCCGACACAGGAAUUUUCUACUCUUUCUUACACUCUUCCCUCUUUCCCUUUACGCCUCUUGUCUCGCGACAGCCUCUCCUGCUUUUGACUUCAGACUACUUCCUUACCCCCACCCUUGA